CCGGCGCGGCGCGGCGCGGGCCGAGUACUCUGAGACGCCAGACUCUCCGUGUCGCUGCAGGCUCGCUCGCGCGCACCCCGCAGGCCGGUCGCCCUUGCCUCGGCCGGGCCCGGCGGCGAUGGGGGACGCCCCGGCGCCGCGCUUCUGCUUCGGGGUGAUCGCCGACGUGCAGUACGCGGACGUGGAGGACGGCUACAACUUCGGGCGCACGGCGCGGCGCUACUACCGGCGCGGGCUGGGCCGCGUGCGCAGCGCGGUGCGGGCGUGGAACGGCGAGCGCGGCCGCCUGGCCUGCGUGCUGCAGCUCGGCGACCUCAUCGACGGCCUCAACGCGCAGCGCGGCGCCUCCGAGCCGGCCCUGCGCGCGGUCCUGGGCGAGCUGGGGCACCUGCGCGCGCCCGUGCACCACGCCUGGGGCAACCACGACCUCUACAACUUCAGCCGCGAGUACCUGCUGCGCUCCGAGCUCAACAGCGCGCCCGGGGGCGCCCCGGGCCCGGGCGCUGAGGCAGACGCCUGCUACGCCUAUCACUUCAGUCCCGCCGCGGGCUUCCGCUUUGUUAUGCUCGACGCUUACGACUUGAGUGUCCUCGGGUGGGACAAGUAUUCUCAGAAAUACCAGCACUCCCUGAAGCUCCUGAAAGAGAAGAACCCAAACGAGGAUCUGAACAGCUCUCUAGGACUUGAUGAGCCUCAGUUUGUGAAGUUCAAUGGAGGAUUUAGCCAACUGCAGUUGGAUUGGUUCAAUGAGGUUCUUACGGCUUCUGAUAAAAAUAGAGAGAAAGUUUUAGUCAUGGGUCACCUUCCCAUUCAUCCAGGCUCUACAAACAACGUUUGCCUUGCUUGGAAUUAUAAAGAUGCCCUUUCCAUCAUCCACUCUCAUCAGUGUGUGGUGUGUUUUCUUGCAGGCCACCUCCAUGAUGGUGGUUAUUGUCUAGACUCUCAUGGAGUCCAUCAUCUUACUGUGGAAGGGAUUAUUGAAACUCCACCACAAAGCCAUGCCUUUGGAACUAUAUAUGUCUAUGAAGAUAGAAUGAUAUUAAAGGGGAAAGGUAGAAUUCCAGACAAAGUUAUGUAUUACAGAACACAGUAGAUAGACCUAAAUAAAAAACUGAGCAUUUGCAGUA